AAAUAUAUAGAAAGAACCUGCUCCUAAACUAGACUAAAACUAUCACAAAAUGGGAAACGAAGCUUCUUUACCGUCUGACAUGGUAACGCAUUUUGAUGCAGACGAAAUAAGGAGACUUGGUAAACGAUUCCGUAAGCUGGAUUUGGAUAAUUCAGGUGCCCUCUCAGUUGAAGAGUUCAUGUCAUUGCCAGAACUACAACAAAAUCCUUUGGUUCAGAGAGUUAUCGAUAUUUUCGAUUCCGAUGGUAAUGGUGAGGUUGAUUUUAAAGAAUUUAUUGAAGGAGUUUCACAGUUUAGUGUGAAAGGAGAUAAAGAAUCAAAACUUAAAUUUGCCUUUAGAAUCUAUGAUGUGGACAAUGAUGGACUCAUCUCAAAUGGUGAACUAUUUCAAGUGCUGAAAAUGAUGGUUGGCAAUAAUUUGAAGGAAACRCAACUUCAACAGAUUGUAGACAAAACAAUACUUAAUGCUGACAAAGAUGGUGAUGGAAAAAUCUGCUUUAGUGAAUUUUGUGCUAUUGUUGGCAAUAUGGAUGUUCACAAGAAGAUGGUAGUAGAUGUCUGAUUUUAUAAGGAAAGCUCUGCAUUAUUUAUUACUGAUACUGUGCCAUCUUACAGUGUUAGAAAGGACAUUACAAAGUAUAAUAAGAAGUGCUGCUAAUAAUUAUUUUAUAUUCUAUCAAGUAUGUACUGGCUUCAUGAAAAUUUUGAAAUGAAAUCAUGACAUGCUUGUUUAUAUUCUUGGACCUCAUAUCAUGCAAAGGAUUAUGGGAAUAUUGUUACCCACAAUCCUUUGCUAACAUUAGUCAUUGUAAAAAUAGUGAUGUACAAUAUUUUGUUAUUACAAUACUCAUCCCAGCCCCUCUCUAACAAAAGGUAAGAGUUCUCAAAAACCGAUUGGAAGAGAACUUUUAAGAGUUCAGUCCCAGUCUGCAAGUAUAUACAAAGUAGGAGAAGGCAACAAACAUUUUCAAAUUUCUCAUGAAUUUUUAAUCUUAGCUUUAUCAUCACUUUAGUUUUYAGAAUAUCUCAUUUAUUUUGYAUUUGUUGUGUGCUAGUUUAAUUCAUCAAGUAUAGGCACAUAAUACAUGUACAUCUAGGGCCUCUCUGUACAAUUCUUUCAUUCAAUAUGCAUCACUAAAGCAUUUUUACAGCAUAUGUUAUGUCCUUCUGCUGAAACAAUGGAGAAUCAUAUCUUCUACAAAAGAAAACAAGACUCAGACUAUCACUUCUUUCAGUUUGUUUUUUGAGUAAGGCACAGGUUAUUUCUCAAACUUCUCAUGUCCCAAAUACAAGUCACAAAUUACAUGCAUGGGAGAUGUGUCAAUCAACUUUACUGAAUAAAUACGACUUMAACUGAAUCUGAUACAGCAGUUGAUUUAUACAUGGAAUCUCACAUUUUCCAAAUGUAAUGAAAAAGUUGUCUUUGUUAUCUGCCAUAUCAAAAAAUACAGUGACCAUUAGAGGAAUAUAUAUACAACACUUAAAAGUCAAGUACAAUUAAAUCCAUGUUUUUGAGUCGACUUAAAUAGGAAUAAAGGUGAAGUUUGACAUAUGRCCUUGGCCUAAAUUAGAGCCUGAAUCACUUGUUUUCUUAUGUUAAUGCUGGCCUGUAAAUCUACAGUCAGUAGUCUCCUUCAUGGAUCCCUCCUAUCUUACUAGGUCAUGGAAACAAGGCAAGAGAGUAAGGCUUGAUAGAUACCAGUGAAUAAUAUGUUAAAAGAGGUUUUUAUCACCAGUUUUCACACUUUAAUGCAAGAUCAUCCGUACCAUUCAAGAUGGUGUGAGGAUCUGUGAAGAAGACUUUACAGUAUUAUAAUGGAUGGAUGUAUAGUUGUUUCUCUCAUUUCUUAUCCUGCUGCCAUUUACUAUUUGAAUCUAUUAAUCAAUAUUAAUGAUUCAUUGAUUAUAAAAUUGUAAUCUAAACAUUCUAUCAAUUAAAGUGAAUAUUAAAUGA